AUGGUGGGAGUUGAAGGAGGUUACAUUUUGGAAAAGGGUCUCCCCAUUGGUCACUCGCAAGUCGCAGAAGAUUUCAUAAAUACAAUUAUGGCAACUGAUUUAUCAUUGUCGUCUCCCGAUGUGCUGGAUCUGUGCACCCGCAAACGGCCCCGUUCUCCCGAUGACCAGGACGAAAAGAAGGCCCGCCGCCCCCCGGUCUACAAUGUGGCCACUUGUCAAUAUAGCCCCGUCUCCAACAGCGACUCGGAAACUUGCGAGAUGACAAGCAAUUCGGAGAUGAAAACGGUCAAUUUAAAAACGACAGCGUGCCGCCCCUUCAAAGCUUACACCAAGGACCCACUCAUGUUAGCGCAAGGAUUUGUUAGUCCGGAGACGCUGCUGCAGAAGGACUCGGCUCAGGCUUUCACCGAAUUCAGAGAUAGUGUACUGUCACGACUGCCGACGACUAACAAAGAAACUAAUCAAAAUAUGCGCCGGUUAUCCAAUACACAAAAUAAAAACGCAGACCCAACGUACUUGGAAAAAAGACGAAAGAAUAACGAGGCCGCGAAAAAGUCUAGAGACGCACGAAAUGCUAAAGGAGAUGAAAUUGCCAUCAGGUGCGCGUUUCUGGAAGAGGAAAACCGACAUCUCAAAUACCUGACACAAAGCUUGGAACAAGAAGUGAAACGGUUACAACAUAUCGUUGAUUUCCAGAAUCAUCGAAAUGUCUAG